AUGGAUGAGGAGGUGGCGGAAAGUUGGGAGGAAGCGGCUGAUAACGGGGAAAUGGAAAAGCGGUUAGAGGAGAAGCUAAGAAUCAGCCAGAAAGAAAAAGAGUCAAGUAACCACCAUUGUUCCUCACGCUCGCCACUGAGGAUGGCCAUGGUCAUCCAGGACGAUUCUCUACCGGCAGCACCUCCGCCUCAGAUUCGCAUCUUGAAGCGGCCCACCAACAACGGCUCACUUGGGUCGCCCCUGAACCAGAAUAGGCCCACACCCCAGGUCAAAUCACUGGCGCAGCGCGAGGCGGAGUACGCCGAGGCCCGCAAGAGAAUUUUGGGGAGCGCCUGUCCGGAGGAGACGGGCCAGGAUAAGAACAACGCUGACAGAGCCCCUCGCACCAACUCUACGUUGCCUUCAGAGGACACCAGAUCUACCAAUCACACGGUCCGACAGCCAACCAGUCCGGACGGUACCCAAGGGUUCCGACAGCACAGAUAA